CUGGUGGCCAGGCCGAGCCGCUUUGCUUUUGGGCCAGCUGCAUAUAAACACGAGGGACACUUGUGGCGAACUUACAACGCUUACAACACUUAUCUGCAAUCUUCUUAUCUCGUUCUCCAAGAACCCACAACUCGAUACGAUGGCUGGUCGCGGCAAGGGCAAGACCUCUGGCAAGAAGGCCGUGAGCCGCAGCGCCAAGGCCGGCCUGCAAUUCCCUGUGGGCCGCAUUGCGCGCUACCUGAAGAAGGGCAAGUACGCCGAGCGCAUCGGUGCCGGCGCGCCUGUGUACCUGGCCGCCGUGCUGGAGUACCUGACCGCUGAGGUGCUGGAGCUGGCCGGCAACGCCGCCCGCGACAACAAGAAGAACCGCAUUGUGCCCCGCCACAUCCAGCUGGCCAUUCGCAACGAUGAGGAGCUUGGCAAGCUGCUGGGCGAGGUGACCAUCGCCUCGGGCGGUGUGCUGCCCAACAUCCACGCCGUGCUGCUGCCCAAGAAGACCAAGGGCGGCAAGGCCGAGGACGGCUCUGCCGCUGUGUAAGCGGGCUCGCGCCUCGCUGUACUCAUGUGGCUACAGCUGCCACACUGCUUCCCCCAAACUCGGUGUUUAUCAACACCACCUUUCACUCGGGAUUGAAGGGCGGGGGGGGGGGGUCGGGUGGGCCAAGAGGGCAGCGAUGGGCACAGACCCUUGUACUUGUAGCACGGCACCACAGGUUAACGUGUCACAUUGGGGUGCAGCAGGGUAUCAGGUAUGCCCACAGAGUCCACCUUCCCUGACCUGCACCUGCCAGCGUUGCAGGCGUCUGUCAGGCUGCUGGCCAGGGACCACGCGUAAUGUGGUGGAGGGACAGGAAUCCGAAACUCUUCGCCGGCAGCCUCUAAUUGUGCGUCUGCCCCAACAGUGCAUGUCCCCGUGCCAGGGUCCAGGAACCUCCUGCCACGACUCUUGGCGUGCCGGCAACCCGCUUCGCUGGACCGGGUCACCCGCGCAGCCAGGAUCGGCGAUUCGAUUCGGCGGGUAGUGUAGACCCCAGGCAGAAAGGUGUAGACUUGAAGCAGCCCUCGACAUACGCCGGCGCGCCAGCGCUUCUUCUUCGAGUGGUCAGCUGGUCUGGAGUGCAUGGAUGAUGUUACCAGCCUGCAGACCGCUUGAGCCCACAAACAUGAUGGUAUGGUACCAGGUGUUGUCUUAGGUACCCCAGGUAC